AAAUAUUUUGAAGAAGCACUUCAAAAACAAGACGAAAAAAUCGCUAUCGCUGAUAAAUUCUAUAAUCUGAUCAACAGGCACUACGAGAGAUUAGACGAAGAAUUGGCUCGUAAUAAUAUACAUCUUGAAGGGUAG